GGCAGGUGGUGGCUGCUGCUGCGCUCACCAGUCUUGUCUCUCCUACUACUGCUAAGAUGAUCCUGGGACUUGUACUGCUGGUGAACCUGGGGCUGUGUUUGGCCGAACUGCCCCCGAUUUAUGGUGCUCCGCGACCCCCAAGAUAUGGCCCACCACCUUCCCUGUGCCAUCCCGAGACUAAAUAUGUCACCCAGGUAGUGACUAAGUUCAACCAGGUACCCGUGUACACCACUGUCUACCAGACGCAGGUAGUACCCACUACCAUCUACCAGACGCAGUUCCAGACCGUGUACAAGACACAGUACCUGACGGAAUUCCUCCCUCAGUACCUCACCAUAACAGAUAUCCAGAAGAAGUACGUCACUGAGACGCAGUACGUCACCCGCUACGAGACAUCUUUCGUCCCUCAGUACAUUACCAAGACAGACUACCAGACGCAGUACGUGACGCAAACAGCCUACCAGACGCAGUACGUUACCACCACCCAGAUUAACUACCACACACAAACUCAGUACAUCCCGAAGUACAUAACUACAGCAGAGUACGUGACACAAACUGUCUACAAGACCCAGGUGGUACCCCAGUACAGCACCGUCGUGAAGACGCAGGACCACUACGUCACCUACUGUCCCCCACCCACACCUGUCUACGGUCCCCCUCCCACACCUGGCUACGGUCCCCCACCGCCGCCACCACCCCCAGAGGAGUCUUAUGGUACUCCACCAGUCUUGCCUUCCCCCAUCUACGGAUAGGCACUUGAGAUAGAGUUAUCAGCGCGUGAACAAUUGCUUACUCAGUUGACUAAGUACAAGAGGACGUAUCCCCAUUGCGGACACUGGUCAUCUCCUCGCCUCGGGGUGUGUGGCGAGGCCAGCACUGGGCUGUUCUCCUUGUUCAUAGUUAUAUGACAAUAAUUAAUCAUAAGCAUUUUUCCAGUAAAGAUAUUUGUAUAGAGUUAAAUUUUGUUUUUAAAUAACAUGUAUUUUUUUUUCUUCCAGCUAAUUAUUCAUUCACUUUAAUUUAUUUAAUAACAGUUUUGGACGACCAUAAACAAAUUCCAUUUAUAAUUUAGAAAUAAUUGAAUUAUUAAAUUUAUUUCUAAUGAAAUUAUAAUUAAUAUUUGAAAAAUGCUGAUAAU